AUGGGUUUUCUAGGCGCAUUACUUAAAACAAUUAUUAUUUUGUGCAUUUUCUUGGGAGCAUUAAUCCUGCUUCCCGGACUGCCUCCAAGCACCACUUUUCCCUUCAAAGAAUAUGUCAUAAAGCCACCUAGGGAACUAAAUGGAGUUCUGCAGACAAACUUUCAUUUGGAUAAAGCCAAACAGUUGUGGAAGGAUCGGAUAUUUGGACCAGAGUGUCUUCUGGUCUUCGAGGAGAAGAUAUACACGGGUAUUCACAGUGGAGAGGUCAUUGGCCUGAGCAACGAAGAGACUAUUCAGCCUAUCACAAAGAUAGGGCAACCAUGUGAUUAUAUUUUUGACGAUGAGCUGUGUGGCUAUCCAGUGGGCCUGGCCCUUGACACCCAAGGAAAGAAUCUGAUAGUAGCAGAUUCAUAUUAUGGAGUUUGGCAAGUUAACUUGGCUACGAAGGCGAAGACUAGGUUGGUGUCCAAGGAGCAGAUCCUGCCUGGCAAGAAAGUAAACCGUAGGGCUAAGCUUUUCAAUUCGCUAGCAGUUAGCCGGCAGGGCGAAAUCUACUGGACUGAUUCCUUAUCGGAUGACUUUGUCUUGGCUCCGUUUGCUAACCCAUCAGGUCGACUCUUCAGAUACAAUCGCGAAAAGAAGACAAACGAGGUACUCCUAGAUGAGUUGGCCUUUGCCAACGGAUUGGCUUUAAGUCCUGGAGAGGAUUUCAUAAUCGUAGCCGAGACGACGGCCAUGCGUCUGACCAAGUACUACCUCAAAGGAUCUCGGGCGGGUCAGAGUGAAGUCUUUGUGGAUGGUUUGCCUGGAUGGCCGGAUAAUCUAACUUCUGAUAGUGAGGGAAUUUGGGUGCCUUUAUCCGUUGCUUCGGAUAGUGAGAAUCCCAAUUUAUUUGCCUCUUUGGCUCCCUAUCCGAGAUUACGGUCUAUCCUUGCCCGUCUGGUGGGUCUAAUGCAGCUUCCCUUCAGAAUUUCGAACUAUAUAUAUCCGAACGAUAUUGCUGCUCGACUUUUCCACUCCUUCAAUGAGAUGGCCACCAAUGCAGCGCCCAAUCGAAGCACUGUGGUUCGUGUGGAUUGGAAGGGAAAUAUUGUGAGAUCCCUGCAUGGUUUUGAUAGAUCAGCCUCGGGCAUAUCUCAUGUUUUGGAAAUUAAAGGAGACCUAUACUUGGGAUCACCAUUUAAUCAGUAUAUAGCUAAAGUCAAAUUACCCGACUACGUGGCGAAGUCUGUAAAAGAAACUAAAACUAAUGAGGAUCAACUUAUAUAGUUGGCAUUAGUGUACAUUGUUAGGAGACAAUAUAAUUGCAGAUCUUAUGGAAUGAAAUAUUAAAUGUUUUUAAAGGAAUGUGUAAUUUAAAAACCCGUUUGAAAUAAAUUGUAGUUUAACAGUAUAGUUUUGCAUUAAUUUAUCGCAACAAUC